AAAUAAAUUUCUUAUUAUGCCGGCCAUAAGUAUAAAGGCGUAAAUUUCAAAAGAAAUUCAACAACAUUUACAACAGUGUUAUUCGCACGCGCAAGCAGUAAACAUGAAAUUUAUUUAUAUCACCACAGUAUUUUUAUUGCUACUCUUAACCACAUUCGUAGCCGCACAAGAUUCCUCUUGCGCUGGAAGACCACCAAAUCAACUAUGCCUCAAACCAAUGAAUGUCGGCACAAGAGGUCGUGGCUGCCGACCGAGUCAAAUGUGGUAUUUCAAUGAGCGAGCACAAAGAUGCGAACGUCUCAAUUAUCUCGGCUGUGGGGGCAAUGAGAAUCGGUUUUGCACUCUAGCUGGUUGCCAGAAUUCAUGCAUUUAAUUAAAAUGGUUUGCACUUAAUUUUUUGCUCAUUUUUAAUUGUAUAAUAAAUUUAUUAAAAAAAAAUACGAGCGUUCGUUUGUAUGACAAUAAUUUGUGGGUGGCACUUUUUUAAACAAAAAUAACGACAAUUCGCUUCUUCUGUAUAAAAGAUAAAAUAAAUACAAUAAGUUAAUGAUGAAAAUAACAACAAAUAAAUUAUACCUUCAUUGUGUUGGUUUAACUUAACGAAGAUUUUUUUUUUAAUAAAUACAUACUUAUACAUACAUAUAUAAAGAA